AUUUGCAGUUAAAGCCAAGUAAAUGAAGCAAAUAAGCGAAGUCAUUUUCUUUCUUGUGGCACUCGCGUUUGGUGGCGUGCAUGGCGAGUGCGAUGUGUGCAACACUAACAAUCCUGUUGCUUGUCACAGCGAAACAGUCUAUUCACUUUGCAUUAACGAUCAACCAACUAUGAAUUUCGUCACAUGCCCCGCAGAUUAUAUAUGUACAAGCGAUGUGUAUGUUUGUUAUCCAAGUAACUCGUCAGUUGCAAGUUGCACUAAUUCAACUAUCGACGAAUCAUCUCAAUGCGGCAUUUGCGCAUCCAGGAAUAAUUUGUAUGCAUGCCUUAAUGAGACGACCAUCGCGUUCUGUUUUUCCGACGGUGUGCCACAUUAUGAGUCACUUUCCUAUUGUCCAGCGGGCACUGUCUGCGAUUUGAAUGCGGAAAGUGGAUUUUGUACAGUCUCGACAAAAGCUGCGCCAAGUUGCCGACAAAGUCAAUGGACAUCCCCGGAACCUACCACUACAACAAUUUCUGCAUCAACUAGUUAUACGACACCUAUAGCCACCACUACAACAAGUCUGGUACCCACUACUAUAACAACUCCUGCACCUACCACUACAACAACUCCGGUACCUACUACUACAACGACCCCAGUACCUACCACUACAACAACUCCAGUACCCACCACUACCACGACUCCAGUACCCACCACUACAAUGACUCCUGCAACUACCACAACAACAACUCCGGUACCUACUACUACAACGACUCCUGCACCUACCACAACAACAACUCCGGCUACAACCACUACAACGACUCCAGUACCAACCACUACAACGACCCCAGUACCUACCACUACAACAACUCCAGUACCCACCACUACAACKACUCCAGUACCCACCACUACAACGACUCCUGCACCNACCACUACAACAACUCCGGUAGCUACUACUACGACGACUACUACUACAACAACUCCAGUACCCACCACUACAACAACUCCAGUACCUACUACUACAACGACCCCAGUACCUACCACUACAACAACUCUGGCUACAACCACUGAACACGAUCUUACUCCUGCGGAAAUUUGCGAAAAUUCUGGCACAUCGGGUACCAUUGCCUACCCUGGCGAUCUUACAUGUAAAAUGUCUGUUCAGUGUAGCGAAACUAAUAAUGUUUGGAAUGCAGUCGUAAAUACAUGUCCUAGAAAUCAGUGGUUUGAUCCUACUUUGAAAUUUUGUACCACAACAUAUAGUUGUCCCACUCAGAGUACUUCAACCACGACAACGUCAACCACAACACAAGAUCCAACCACAACUACUGCGGCUGCACUUACUCUGGAGCAAAUAUGCCGAGACCACGGCAGGGCAGAUACAAUUGCUGCACCCAACGAUAGUACGUGUACAAAAUACAUCGUCUGUUCGAGGCCUGGAGCUAGUUGGAUUGCUCAGGAGUACACUUGUAGGGUUACAUUUGAUCCGAAUACAAAAAAAUGUAGCACUACAUAUGUUUGUCCAACGUACAGGUAUCGGCGCACUUAAAAGCGCCUCUUGCGGAAAUAUAUUCACAUAAUAUAAAUUGUGAAAUAAGUUUUAUGAAAUACAUACAUCCUGUUUUCAACUUUGUAAAUUUCACGACAAGAAUCACAUUCAUUUAAAUGA